AUGCGCCUACUGCUGAGCUCGGCCGCACUGACGGCACUGCUGCAUGUCGCUACUGCCCUCGUCGCAUCAGACAACACCUAUAAGCGAGGGCAGAUCCCUGUCGUUGAAGGCGUCAUUGGCGGCGUGCCAUCGUCUAAUGAAGCGGCUACACAAGACCGCUAUCUAUCCUAUGCGUCCACUGCUGCCACACCCAACUACACCGUCUUUAGUAACUAUACUGGUGCUUACCAAGGCCUGAAGAUUCGCUAUAUCGUCAACUCUGGGCAGUGUGAGCGCACGCCAGGCGUCAAGGCUGUGUCUGGCUACUUGGACAUUGCAACAAACCAGUCCUUGUUCUUUUGGUAUUUCGCUAGCCGUCAAGCGCCUGCGUCAGCGCCCACCGUCGCAUGGUUCAAUGGCGGACCCGGUUCAUCGUCCAUGAUAGGUCUGUUCCAAGAGAAUGGUCCAUGUCGCAUCACGAACGACUCAAAGAGUCUUGUCAACAACACGCAAUCCUGGACCAACGUCGCCAACAUGGUCUUCAUCGAUCAACCCGUCGGUGCGGGCUACAGCUACGGCCAAAAUGUCGUCGGCACAUCCGCCCAAGCUGCUGCUGCAGUCUACAUCGGCCUGCAGCUCCUCUUCCAAUCAAAUCUUGGCAUUCCCCUCAACAGCUUCGGGAUUGCAACCGAAAGCUACGGAGGACACUACGGUCCCGUCUUCUCAGCUUUGAUCUUGUCCAAUAAUCAGAAACUGCCUACCGGUGCAGUCAACAUUCCCUUGAAAUACUUGCUCGUAGGCGACGGCUUGACGAACGGGCUUGUCCAAUACCCUGCCUAUCCCACGUUUGCAAAGACGAACCCCACGGGACAGCACGUAUCAGAUGCCACCAUCACAAAGGCUAAUACGACACUGUACAAGAGUGGCGGCUGCCUCAGUCAGAUCGCAUCAUGUCAAUCGAAGCCGAGCAAUUCUGUUUGCUCUGCGGCACAGUCCUACUGCAACAACUACGUGCUGAGCCCUCUUGCCGGCAACCAGGACGUCUACUUCUACGCGCUUCCGAGCACGGACCCUUACCCCGCUGAUCUGACGCCUUUGCUGACCAACUCGACUUUCAUGGCAAGCAUUGGCGCUACAUCUACUUGGCAGCAAAGCUCGAGUCCAGUCUAUUCCAAUUUUGCCAGGACGGGCGACUGGAUGUACAACAGUUCUCCACAGUUGCAGACCGUCAUCAACGCUGGCGUUCGCGUUCACGUUUUCUCGGGCGAUAGAGACUAUAUCCUCAAUAGCGUUGGCGUGGAAGCACUCGUCUCAAGUCUAUCAACCCAGAGCAGUUCGCUGUACAAAUCUGAGAAUUUCUCGGCUUGGACGGUCGCAGGACAAUCUGCUGGACUGUAUAAGAACGCUUUCAGCGGAUCUGCAAAGUUUUCGUAUCUCCGCCUCUAUGGUGCAGGACACGAGGUACCGGCGUACACCUAUGGUAAGCUGGCAUAUGGCCAGGCAGCGCUCAGCAUGUUCACACAAGUCAUCAAAGGCACUCCAAUCACGUCUACGUAA